CCAUGCUUGCGUCUGCUAAUGGAUACGGAUGAGUACGAGAGCCUUCCCGAAGGUGUGUCACCAACCGUCCAUAUGCUGGCUGGUGCAUCUGAAGGCCUCAUGGAGCACUGUAUUAUGUAUCCUGUUGAUUGCGUCAAGACCAGGCUCCAAUGCAUUCGUCCCUCCGGUGGCCAACUGUACCUCAGGGUCACUAUUGGUCUCUACCAGCUACUUAGACAGGAGGGCUUUUUUAAUCAUUCCAAGGCAUAG